AUGGAAAGCAGAGAGGGUGGAUUUAGGGUAAAGCAAGAGCAGGAUGAUACUUGGAAAAAUUCACCUAGUGAUAAUAUUUACGAUUCCAUGGACUCGUGCGAAUCCAAAAACUUCGAAACAUUUCCGUAUUAUGAAUCGCCAACAAAUCUUAUGAAUGAGGUUAUGGAAUUACGAAAAAAGUUAGAUGAAAGAAUAUUCGUAGAUUUUGAGUGCAAAGAUGUUAAACUUGAUCUGAAGACUUUAUCAACAUCAACUAUCUGCAAAUCUGAGCCUCAACAUGUUCAGUCUAUUGUAAAAAUGGAAAACCAAAGCAAGACCAAUUACUUCAUCGGUAUAAAGGAUCUGAUCGUUUUAAUAAAAAAAGAAUUUAAUUAUGAUAAGAAAUGUCAAUUUAUAUCUAAUGAGCGUAAAAUAAGUCACAAAGAGCAUGAAACUAGACCAUAUGAAUAUGAGAUUUACGACAAUUCAUUAGGAUACCGAAAUAAACUUGAAGGCGAUGUCACUAAACACAUCAGUACAGUACAAGAUCGUAUCAAACCCUUCGAUUGUGAGAUUUGUAUCAAAUCAUUUGGAUUUAAGGGUGACCUCAAUAAACACAUAAUUGCAGUUCAUGACCGUAGCAAACCCUUCGAGGUGAAGCAAGAGUUGGAUGAUAUUGGGCUGGAUGGAGGCAAGGAUUAUAAAGUCAAUUUGGUGGACUUUGGUGAAGCCAAAAACGUCGAAACAUUUCCGUAUUAUGAAUCACCAGCAAAUCUUAAGAUUGAGUUUAUUGCAUUACAAGAAAAGUUGGAUGAAAAAAUAUUCGUAGAAUUUGAGUGCAAAGAUGUUAAACUUGAAAUGAAGACUUUUUCAACAACUAUCUGCAAGUCUGAGCCUCAGAAUUUUCAAUCUAUCGUAAAAAUGGAAAACCAAAUUGAGACCAGUUACAAGAAUGAUCUCAAAAAGCACAUGAUAGCAGUACAUGCUCGUAUCAAACUCUUUGAUUGUGAUAUUUGUCAUAAAUCAUUUGGACAAAAGGGUAACCUUAAUAUGCACAUAAAAACAGUUCAUGAUCGUAGCAAACCAUUCGAGUGCGAGAUUUGCCACAAAUCUUGUCACAAAUCAUUUGGAGAAAAAAGAGCCCUCAAAAUUCACGUUCGUAGAGUACAUGAAUGUAAAAAACCAUUUCAAUGUAAAAUUUGUCCUAAAUUAUUUGGAGAAAAAGGUAAACUCAAAAGGCACAUUAUUACAGUAUAUGAUCAUAGUAAACCCUACGAAUGUGAAAUUUGUCACAAAUCAUUUGGAUACCCAAGUGCACUCAAACGUCACGUGAAUGAAGUACAUGAUCGGAGCAAACCCUUUGAAUGUGACAUUUGUCACAAAUUAUUUGGACAAACUGGUCAUCUCAAAUCUCACAUUAAUUCAGUACAUAAUCGAAGCAAAUUCUUCGAGUGCGACAUUUGUCACAAAUCAUUUGGAAGAAAGUGUACUCUCAAAUCUCACGUAAAUUCUGUACAUUAUCGUAGCAAACUCUUCGAAUGUGAGAUUUGUCACAAAUCAUUUGCACAAAAAGGUCGUCUCAAAAUGCACAUAGGCACAGUACAUAAUCGUAACAAACCCUUCGAGUGUGAUAUUUGUCACAAAUCAUUUGGAGUCAAGAGCAAUCUCAAUCAGCACAUAAUGGCAGUACAUGAUCGGAGCAAACGGUUUGAAUGUGAAAUUUGUCACAAAUCAUUUGGACUUAAAAGUAACCUUACAAAACACAUAAUGCGGGUACAUUAUCGGAGUCAACUCUUUGAGUGAUAAGUUUUUCUAUAUACAUUUAGACGCAAUGAGUUUUCCGCAACCAUAUGAGUACGCUACGUAUUAAAAAAAUCAUUCACUUAAAUAACUUUUUUAACACUGCG